AUGUCGUCUUCAGAUCUAGCCGACAAGCUGGAUGUCAUCCUCGAAAAGCUCACCAAGCUAGAGAAAGGACAAUCCGAGCUGAGACAAAGCGAUGUCGUACUGAACACCACGGUAGACGCAAUCCAAGGCCGCGUAAAUGCGCUUGCUGGAGUAAAGCAAUCACAAGACGGGAUUGCUCACGAUGCUUCAUAUCCGAGCCCGCGGCUGGGUCCAAACAGCCCCAAGAUCCUCCCUCGUAGCCACCAGAAGCGAGACAGCCUAAGCUCGAUGGAUGGUCAAGCCAAGGACACCAACGGCGAUUCAGCUUCGCCUCCUCCCAGACGCUCGAGCAUCACGUCCAAGAUCAUUCUGACUUCGUACCCCGGCCAAGCAGGUGUUGAUCCCUUGCCGAUGGAAUGGGGUGCAAAGGAUUCCAAGAAACGUGGGCCAGUCGUCGUCUCUCGCAACCCAUCUACCAUCCGGCGGCGAAACGCAAUUGGUGCCCACGGCGGCUCUUACAGCAUCUACUAUGCACUCGCGGUCGCUUCGAAGCAGCUAGAGACAGACCACAAGCCCGAUUACACCAAUACCGAGCCGGCAGAAGACAUCGGUCCUUUCCCCGCUUGGUAUGACCCCAAGAAGAUCGUGGCCAUGGAUCCGUUGGGACAUCUUGCCCCUUGGCUGUACAACGACUACAUCAAGGGCGAGAAUGUUGAGAUUCGUCCUACGAUCGCUGUCACGAGAGCACACAUGAAACUGCCCGAGCUGGAAGAAAGUGUACGAAAGGGCAGAUUAGUACCUGACGGCAAGAUCUGUCUCAACGAGCAAGGCGAGCUCAACGUCACCAAGUUUGCUGUCGAGCCUGUAUGGUAUUUACCCGGUGUAGCCGAGCGGUUCGGUAUCGACGAAGGUACCCUCCGCCGCUCACUCUUCGAGCACACAGGCGGCAGCUACCCUGAACUCAUCACACGAAACGACAUCAAGUUGUUUCUUCCUCCAAUAGGAGGUCUGACAGUGUACUGCUUCGGCGACCCUAAAAAGAUGAGCGACCCGAACGUGAAACUGGCCCUGCGUGUCCACGACGAAUGCAACGGCUCUGACGUGUUCGGCUCAGACAUCUGCACCUGCCGACCUUACCUCAUCUUCGGCAUCGAAGAAGCCGUCAAAGAAGCCCAAAAAGGCGGCAGCGGCGUCGUCAUCUACUUCCGAAAAGAAGGCCGCGCCCUCGGCGAGGUCACCAAGUACCUCGUGUACAACGCACGGAAACGUGGCUCCGACCGCGCGAGCGAGUACUUCAAACGCACCGAGAACAUCGCUGGCGUCAAGGAUAUGCGGUUCCAGGCGCUGAUGCCGGAUAUCCUGCAUUGGUUGGGUAUCACCAAGAUUGACCGGAUGCUCAGCAUGUCGAAUAUGAAACACGAUGCGAUUGUCGAGCAGGGGAUUCCGAUCCAUGAGCGCGUGCCGAUUCCGGAUGAGAUGAUUCCGGAGGAUAGUCGGGUAGAGAUUGAUGCGAAGAUUCAUGCCGGUUAUUUCACGACCGGAAAGGUCAUGACGGUCGAAGAGCUGAACAACGUCAAAGGCCGCGCUUGGGAAGACAUCGACCCCGGGAGCGAGGAUGUCGGGACGGCACAGCAGGAGAGAAGUAGCUAUGUACUGUACCCAUGA